GGUUGUAUCAAGAUCGACGCUGCCCGAUUGCGUAGAGAUCAAAUUCAUCGCGAUGUCUCAGCACGAAUCAUUCCGCUCCCCCGGCCCAAAAGAUGUCAUUGGGCUCACUGAAUUCCUCAAAAGCGGUGGCUCACCCGAUACACAAUGGUCAAUGGGUGAGCUCAAAAUUGCGACGGGCUACAUAAAUGCAUGGCCGCAUUGGAAUACGCCACUGCAUCGGAUGAUAGCUACGAAGCAACACGAUGGCAUUACCUUUCUACUUGGCCAUGGCGCGAGCGUUGAUUUCAGGAACUACCUAGGACGGACGCCGCUUCAAGAAGCAGCCCGCCUCCAGUAUUAUGAGGGCGUUGAGUUGCUCCUUGCCCACGGUGCUAACCCUAGCAUGCCAAGCACGGGACAAACCGCUGGUAAUGAAAUAGGGGAUCACGAUGAUCUAACGGGUGUAGAUACGUGUGUCAUGCCUAUCCAUGAAUCGCUCGUGAAUGGCGAUACUCGAAUGAUUCGAAUCCUAGCCCGUGCGGGCGUUGACCUGAAUCAAGUUUCCCAUGGCUGGCGACCCCUGGACCUAGCACUGAUUGAUCGCCAAGUUGACGUGAUUGAUACACUUGUUGAGUUAGGAGCAUGGUUCUCUUCUGCUCCAGAGACAGAAUAUUGCAGUCAAGAGAAACGCAAAGAGGCGGCCCAAGCCCUUUUGCAAUUUGCAUCACAUGGUGACUGGUUUCCACCACAAUCUUGUUACUCCUUGUUCGUUUCCGUGCUUGCAGCCUGUGACAUCAGCCAAUGUAUAGCCAUGGCACACGACAGAAAGAAUGGGAUACGCUCAAAUGAACUGAUACGCGAUUUCUUCACUCGGGUUUCUUCGAUUGCUGAAAGCAUCAAUAUUGAGGCUGCAGAGGAUACCUUUUGUACUCCCUGCUUUCGGUAUCAAACGCACAGCUCUCACCCAUCGUGUAGCUGCUUAGAUGAGGGCGCCAGUGCAUCAUCGACAGACUGCUUUAAGCAUCAUAAUAGCUUGGAGAACCUUGUGUCGUCUGCCAAAUCAGGCUGUCGUCUCUGCCGCUUACUUCUGCAAUCAUUAAAUUUCGUCAAAAACCACCGCUCUUCUGUCACCCUUAUGCUAACUAAGUACCUCCAACUUCCGACAACCCCAGGCGUCAUUAUACAUUUUCAUCUUCGCAAAAGGAUCAUUAUUACUGUCGGCAACCUUGCAGCUGGGCUUGAACUGAGCUAUCUCAACGAAACGACAAUUAAAGAAUCUCCUUCAAUUGAUGACUACGAAAAUGGAACGUCAUCUUUGAGUUCUUUCCAGGUCGCUAAAACCUGGCUAUAUAACUGCAUCACUAACCAUCAAUCUUGCGGCUCUGCCUCCGGUCCUCUUCCCACUCGUGUUAUUGAUGUCGGCGAUGAUAGUCGGGAUCCGUUUCUUUUGGAGAGUAAAGGAGCUCACGAUAGGUACUGCGCUUUAUCAUAUUGUUGGGGUACCUCUUCAAGUGCGCAUCAGACAACGACAGCCAACCUCACAAGAUAUUAUGAAGCAAUUCCGCCUCAAGGACUACCGCGCACCCUAGUCGACGCCAUCCAUGCUACCCGCUCUCUUGGGUUUCGGUACAUUUGGAUUGACGCUCUAUGUAUCAUCCAAGAUGACGACGAGGAUUGGGCGCGUGAGGCAGUCCGCAUGACUCAAGUCUAUGCUAAUGCCACUUUAACAAUCACGACUACUGUCGGCAAAAGCUCCGAUGACGGACUAUUUCGUGCACACCCAGACGGUUUCUUUAACCCCCAACAGCUUCACAUACGACUUCCCAGAAGAGACCGAUCGAAGCCGAAGACACCUAUCAGAGACAUAGAUCUUGCAAUCGUCCACUCGAACUACCCUCUUUCUUAUCUUGCGGUCUAUCCUGAUGCCAACUUCGGCUACAUUGGUUAUGCGUACAUUGGAGCACAGAGUACCCCAAUCGAGACACGAGCUUGGACACUGCAAGAGCAGAUUCUCAGUAAGCGGCUCUUAUACUAUGGACACGGCGCGAUCCUCUGGGAAUGUCUAGAGACCAGUGCCUCUGAGCAUGACCCCGAUGGAAUCCGAAACGGGUUUCAAUUCCCUGACAGAUUCAAGAUCAAGCAAUAUUUUCAUAGCCACAUGAUCUCCAAUUCAGAGAAUACCAAGGCCUUGACAGACAGCGCACUACCUGGUUCCAGUGCUUCUGCCUCGAAGAUAGCCUUCGCUACGUAUUGUCGGCUACUCGAGACUUACAGCAGUCGCUCAAUUACCAAACCCUCAGAUCGGAUCACUGCCAUCCUCGGCCUCGGACAGAUUAUGCAGAGAAUUUCAGGACAUGAAUUCAUUGGCGGGAUCUGGAAAGGUGAAAACACUCUGGCAAGCCUGCUCUGGCUCAUGGAAAUGCCAUCACCGAAUGCUAGGACGAGUAGUUUCCCAACAUGGAGCUGGGCCUCUGUCAUACCCGAAACCGAAGAGCAUCGUGUUGUGAAUAAUAUCAGUGAAAUAGAAGGAGAGAUUCAAUGGAAAGCCAAAGUAGCCUCUUUUGACGCGAAGUCGGAUCUUGCACAGACGCGUGUCACGGGGAGUAUCACAAUCGAGGGGCCACUUGGGAAGCUCAAGGACGACGAGAGUUAUAAGAAGAGCUUGGAGGGCACUCUACGUAUGACGCCGUAUGUCUUCAUGGAUCUUGCUGAGGAUGUGGGCGCUCUGGAAAAUGAUCUAGACAAUAUCUGGUGUCUUGAUAUGUUAACGCUCAGCGGAAGUGAAGACCUUCCUAGCAAGGCCUCCCUGCUACUGCGGUACGUGGAGACUGCUGACAGCAUGACUUUUCAACGCAUUGGCUUGUAUCAGCAUGUGAUUUCUAGUGAGUGGAAUAAGGUGCAAACUGUUAACCUGUUUUGAAACUACAGUUUGGCUAGAUUAAAUAUUGAUUUAUUACCUCCAUAUCUAUGUGCUACUGCUCUUGGUACACUAUCAUGAAAUGCCUACGUCAGUAGCUAGGCUAGGAUGUCUUGAAUGAUAAUACACAUAUAUAGACGGAUUUACUUAUUAAUAAGAAUCGAUUGGAACCUCCAAGCGAGAACAGUUGGUCAAAUAGAUUGAAAUGAAUUUAUAGAAAGGUGCAGUUAAAACAAGGGCAGAGAACUGGGCUUGGAAUUGAAGCUAUUCAGACAACUGGUCUGACAGACCUGGCCGC